AUGAGUGUCGGCUCCCACAAACGCUCGCAGGGCGAGGCGGCCUUUGCGCAGGCCUCGCUUGCGCCCCACCUGCCCGCGCUGCUCCGCCCCCAGUUCCAGGUGUUCUCUGGGGACAACUUGCGGGCCAUCGAGCGCCGGCUGGCGCGGGACGACGCUGCACGGGCGGAGGAGCAAAAAAUCCAGGAACGGUGCGCGCGGGCCCGCGAGCAGCGGAACACGGAGUCGCAGCGAAGAAUUGAGUUGAUUCAGAGGAGAACUGCGCGACGCGCCGCGGCGGCGGAACGUGUCGAGGAACGCCGCCUGCAGGCCGAGCUUCGCCAGCUGUGCCGUUGGUAG